CCCUGGCAGCGGCCGCCGGGGGCCACCAUGGGGCAGGUGCUCGGCUUCGCCCACUGCAAAGAAUCUCCUUCGACUGCCUCCACCACACCUGAUUCUACAGAGGGUGGCAACGAUGAGUCCGACUUCCCCGAGCUGCAGACGGCGCGGGAGUUCUCUGAGGAUGAGGAAGAGGCCUCCGUGGAGUGGGGGACCCCGCGGGAGCUGACUUUCUCCUACAUCACGAUUGCGGGGGGCCCCAGCAGCAGCCCCACCCCGGGGGAGCCCGGCUCUCGGAGCAGGCGUGACUCGCAGACCCGCCGGACGCGGCCUGUGCUGCCCCGCACAGAAACUUGUGAGACUUUUGUGCCGGCUCUGGGGGACAGUUUGGAGAACAUUCCCAGCCUCUGCCCAUCCCCUGAAGGAGAGGGGGCAUCACCACCUGGGCAUUGCCCGGGACUGGACCCGUUCUCAGGCUGGGAUGUCGAUACAGGCUACAUCGACGACCCAGGGCUAGCGGAAGGAGGAGUGGUGGAUUUGUCCCCACAGCACAGCCCCACAACAGAGACUGCGGAGGGGGCACAAUGCAGUACGUCGUCUUCAGAUCUUUCCUCAGAGGAGCUCCCACCACCAGACGCCUUAACGCCUCCGCUUGCUGCAGAAGGCACCUCCUUUGGGAGUUCUGCCAUCCAACGCCACACGCUGACCUCGCUGGAGUUGCACCAAUGUCUUGUGCUGGAGGAAGAGAUGGAGAAGGAAGAGGAAGAGGAGGGAGAAGAAAAGGAGGAGGAAGAGGAGGCAGGCCAGGAGCCAAUCACAGAAAAGCACCAGGUUGAACCAGACCAAUCAGAGAACUCUCUGGAAAUGGUGGCGGACUUGGUGUACUGGCGGGACACCCGCAGGUCGACGUUCGUCUUCACCAGCCUGAUGGUGGCGCUCUUGUGCCUGCUGCACUUCAGCAUCGUCACCGUCGUCUCCUACAUCUCCUUGGCGGUCCUGGCGGUCACCAUCUCUCUCAGGGUCUACAGCAAAGUGCUGCAUGCCAUCCACCGGGGAGAGGGCGCCAACCCCUUCCAGGCUCAGCUGGAUGCCGACCUGGGGCUGUCGAAAGAGCAGCUGGAGCGUCUGACGGAGCGGGUUGUCUUCUACUCCACCUCAGGCACUCGGUCCAUACAGCGCCUUUUCCUGGUGGAUGACUUGGUGGAGUCCAUUAAGUUUGCUUUCUUGUUCUACAUCCUCACGUAUGUGGGAGCAGUGUUCAACGGGAUGACUCUGCUUAUUCUGGGAGUUAUAAGUGCAUUUACCUUUCCUCUUCUGUACAGGCAACAUCAGGCACAGAUCGACCAGUACGUAGGGUUGGUGAGGAACCAGUUGAGUAACCUCCGAGCAAAGAUGCUGGCCAAGCUCCCGACAGCCAAAGCAAAAGCAGAAUGAAUGGAACCCCUCCUCUCUGUCUCCCCCACAUAUACACAUUCUCUCAGCCUUCUUCCUUUUGCAUAUUUGCCUGCUCAUCCCAUGUCUGCCUCCAAGAGAGCCCCCCUCACCCAGAAACAGAGCUCUACGGUCACCUUCCCCUUCCCAGCAAAUGGACAUAAGAAUGUCAGAAGAGCCCGGCCAGAUCAGACCAGGGAGGGUCCUUCUAGUCCAGCCUCCUGUAUCCCACAAU